AUGUAUCAAAGACCCUUUUCAUACAUGUCGAACCAACAACAACAGCAACCAGUAAUCAUUGAUCGUUCCGUUGGUUCCAGCAGCAAGACAGCCAACUCGAACAUGACACAAACAGAAUGUACCAUUUGUACCGAUGAGUUUUCCAUUUCACCUCUUGUCAUUCAUCCUUGUACAGAGUGUACCAAACGAACCGUUUGCGACUCUUGUCUUGUGAAUUAUUUGGAUGAACGUAUCAACAACAAUAAUUUUCGUCAAAUUCACUGCAUCGAUGACAAUUGUCAAGCUGUUUUGGAUUCGACCCGAAUUUUUGAAUAUUUAAAACAGUUGGGUGGUCAACGUGAAUUACAGCUUGUACAACGUUACGAUCGAUUCUUGUUGAAUACAUUCAUGAGUUCACAAGAUGGAUUCAUUUGGUGUCAGCAUAAUUGUGGAAAUGGACAAAUUCACUAUGAGAAAGAAAAUGCACCCAUUGUCACUUGUAACACUUGUCACAGAAAAUCGUGUUUUGUCCAUAAAACCAUUUGGCAUGAAGGAAUGACUUGUGCUGAAUUCGACUCGGAUCGAAACGGAGAUGCCAAGAGUAAGCAGCACUUUUUGGAGAAUGCCAACAGAGUUUAUCGCUCUUGUCCUGGAUGUGGUGUUGUCAUUGAAAAGAAUGGAGGAUGUGAUCAUAUGAAUUGUACUCAAUGUGGACGUCGUUACAAUUGGUCAGAGUCUUCUUACAAGCAAAAGUUGUGA